UAAAAUCAAGAAGUAACAAUUUUGUAAAAUACUCGCCAUUAUAUCGUCAUAGAGAUUUAGCAGCGGGGUUUUGCCUUCUCCCAUCAACUACUGAUCAGAUUCAUCAAACCCAUCAAAACCCAGAGCUUCGUUUUUUGAAAAUUUGCUUUGGCAUUUCAUUUUAAAUUUCAAUGGCUUCUCCAAACAAUAUGCCAUCGGCUGUCGACAAGGAACAGAUAUUUGGGAUGGCAGAGAAGGAGAUGGAAUAUCGAGUUGAAUUGUUCAACAAGCUCACACAAUCAUGUUUCAACAAAUGUGUUGAUAAGAGGUACAAGGAAUCUGAGCUGAAUAUGGGUGAAAAUAGUUGUAUUGACCGCUGCGUCUCCAAGUAUUGGCAUGUAACCAAUUUGAUCGGCCAGCUACUCGGAUCUGGUAGACCUCCAAUGUGAGCUGACUCAUGAUUUGUAUAAUUGUCAGUGAGUUGGGAAUGAAGAACUUUGGUUUAAGCAUUUUUGGUCUGGUUAGUUCUCCAUUUCAUGAAAUAAUUUAGUUUUUCUGUUCGAGAAAGCAUUGAUAUGAUAAUGACACAUUCCUUGUCAAUCUUAUAGUUUCCAUUUCACCAUUAACUAUGAAUUUAAAUUUCUAGAAAAUAUUCGAUUGGGUCUCUAUACCCUUUCUUUUAGUUUCUCAAGAUCCUACUGGCUAUGCUUUGCCACUUGAAUA